AUGUUCCCAGUGCCUCUGCCGCCCCUGGUCAGCCACCCCUCCAGGCCACUGGCUCCUCUGCCACCGCUUCCACUAUCCAAUGCCCUGGCCAGUGAGGUGGACCUGGACGGCUGCAGCAAGGAGGAGAUGGUGCGCUGCUUGCACUGGGAGGAGGCCGAGAAGCUGGCGGCACUGGUGCAAUGUGGCCAGCUGAUCCAGGGCAUGAACCAGCAGCUGCAGGAGCACCUGUGCAAGAUCCGUGAGCUGAAAGCCAUCUACGGGCGGCUGCAGGCAGAGAACCGCAAGCUGCGCAACCUCUGCUAUUUCCUGGAUGAGGACCAGCUGAAAGCCAAAUGCCUGGCCAGCCACUGGCAGAUCUUCGGUCAUCACAUGGCCCAAGUCCUGCGCUACGAGGUGGCCAGCUGCCUGUGCAAGCUGGCCGGCUUGGAAGGGCUGCUCACCCCAUUGAGCCCCUUGCACCACUCUGGUGCAACCAAUGGGGUGAACCUGAGGGGUCCACCUUUGCAGUCAUACUUUGCCACCAGAAAUGCUAUUGUAGGAGAAGAUGAAGAUGAGCCUGAGGGAGAGGUCAAGCAUAUCAUCAGUUUGGAGUCCCUUCGUGCCCACAAGAGAUCAACCAGCAAUUUGCCUUGA